GUUUGAACCCGGCGCGAGCACUCGUCGCUGUCUGCCCGAACAUUUGAGCUAACUUUCGCGGCGUUUCAAAAAUCGAACGUUGGUUUCAAAUUCGAAUUUGACAGUUCUGUUUUGGAAUAUUUUUAAAUUGAGUUUUUUGAACGGUGAAUCUUGUUUUUUUUUUAAGUUUCUUGCCUUUUUUGGACAGUGAAGUUUUGAGACAGUGUUUGUGAACGGAUAAUUACUUUUCUUCAACAAGUGCAGUGGCUUUCGAGUUUACGGAGACACGUCCAACAUGAUUUAAUAUUUGCAAUUGCGUCACUGAAGCGGAUACUAAAAUAUAUCUGGACUGACAUUGCAGAUAUGUUAUCAACAUCAUAACAAUCAACAUCACAACAAAAGCUAGACAUAUGGAAAUAUGACCCAGUGAAGAAUAAAAAACCACGAUGGAUCCGACAGAAGACGAGUUUUAUAACAUAUGCUUGAACCUGACCAACGAAGAAGCAAGUCUCGGAGGUUGCAACUACAGCAGUGAAUACGAAAAUGGAGAAUUACUGGAAAAAGUUGUGUCAAGAGUUGUGCCCAUAUUCUUCGGUUUCAUCGGCAUCGUUGGGUUGGUCGGAAAUGCACUUGUGGUGCUGGUUGUGGCUGCGAACCCUGGCAUGAGAUCCACGACCAAUCUUCUGAUCAUCAACUUGGCUGUGGCUGAUCUGCUCUUCGUGAUAUUCUGCGUACCGUUUACAGCAACCGACUAUGUAAUGCCACGAUGGCCUUUCGGAGACUGGUGGUGCAAAGUCGUCCAGUACUUCAUAGUAGUGACAGCUCACGCAUCUGUAUACACUCUUGUUCUGAUGUCAUUGGACAGGUUCAUGGCAGUAGUGCAUCCUAUAGCAUCAAUGUCAAUCAGAACAGAGAAGAAUGCGCUACUAGCGAUCGCCUUCACCUGGGUUGUGAUACUAACGACAGCGAUACCGGUGGGUAUCUGUCAUGGGGAGAGAGAGUACGCUUACUACCAUAGAAACCACUCGUCGUGUGUGUUCUUGGAGGAGCAGGGGUAUAGUAAGCUGGGGUUCCAGAUGUCGUUUUUCCUGUCAUCGUAUGUGAUCCCGCUGGCGCUGAUCAGCGUCCUGUACAUGUGUAUGCUGACGAGGCUCUGGAAGAGCGCCCCGGGAGGCAGGGUGUCUGCGGAAAGCAGGCGGGGAAGGAAGAAGGUCACCAGGAUGGUGGUGGUGGUCGUCGUGGUCUUCGCUGUGUGCUGGUGUCCUAUACAGAUAAUCCUGCUGGUGAAGGCGCUAGACGCGUACAACAUCACGUACUUCACGGUGACGGCGCAGAUCGUGUCGCACGUGCUGGCUUACAUGAACAGCUGCGUCAACCCCGUGCUGUACGCCUUCCUCUCGGAGAACUUCCGCGUGGCCUUCAGGAAGGUGAUGUACUGCCCGCCUCCCUACAACGACGGCAUGUCAGGGCGCCCUCAACCGACGAAGACCACUCGAACGGGCAACGGCAACUCCUGCCACGACAUCGUCUGAGACUCGGUCCGCAGUCGCACGCGCAACGACCAAGCGACCAUCGUCUAAACCUCGCAAAACGAUAUUGUCCAUCUCUCUCACUCAUAUGACGAGAGGCAGAGAUGAAAGUAAAUGUCGGUUUGCAGAACACGGUCGGUUGGACACACAAUUGACGAGGUGGCUUUUGAGUUUUUUACUUUUUAUAAGGUAAUAUAGUGCGUUAUGUUUGACAAUAUUGUCAAUAUCUCCUCUAUGACGCACCAAAUAUUAUAAUUAUUUGGACCACGUUUAUUGCAUUUUUU